GUGAGCUUCCUGAGAAACACAGACAGGUCUGUUUAAAUUCAGCUCCACACUAAACCUCAGAAGGCAGAGCUGCCAUGCCCCUGAACUCGAGGAGGCUUCCGAAGUUGCAGACUGAGAGGAUGAGGAGGAAGAGACUGAAGUUAGCUGCGGUCACUGUACUCUCUGUGCUGCUAACACUGGCACUGCUGGCAGUGGGACUCUACUACAUAAUCAGGCUGAUAAACUCCAGGUUUUAUUUCUGUGCCGGGUCUCUGAAGUUUGUUCCUGUGACUAAAGCUUGUGAUGGAAAUGCUGAUUGUGAUGACGGAGAAGAUGAGCUCACCUGUAUGUCUAACCUCAGCACAAACACUACCUAUCCAGUGAGAUUGGUGAGUGAGAGUUUGAUCUUGCAGGUUUUUGAUCAAGACCAACAGUGGAGAACUGUGUGUGCAGACAACUGGAGAAGCUGGUACACUCAAGCAGCAUGCCAACAGCUGGGAUAUUCACACAGUCCACGGAGUGUGCAGGUGCCUGUGGGGAGUUUACCCUCUGAAGUAGGUAUUGCAUUCACUGCUGUCACUACUGAAGCUCAAGAACCAAGUGCAGACAUUCAAAAUGUGCUCACUGCAAGAGAUCAGUGCUCCUCUGGCUCAGUAAUAUCUCUGGCGUGCUCAGACUGUGGGGAGGUGGUUGGCCUAAAUCGGAUUGUAGGUGGUGUGGACACAGUAGUAGAGAUGUGGCCGUGGCAGGUCAGCGUGCAGUGGGAUGGACACCAUGUUUGUGGCGGAUCACUGAUCUCUAAACAAUGGGUCAUCAGCGCUGCUCACUGCUUCACUGGACGGACACGGGAACUGAGAUCAUGGCGUGUGGUUGUAGGCCAUACCUACUUAACGUCAUCUGGAGGCAUAUCCGUGAAAACCAUUGUUCUUCAUGAGCACUACAGCCACGUACAUAAUGACUAUGACAUCGCCAUGCUUCUGUUAAACUGGCCUGUGGAAAUUGGAGACUCUGUUCAUCCAGUCUGCUUGCCCCCGCACCACCUGUCAAUCAAAGAGGGGGAGGAGCUGGUAGUGACUGGGUGGGGUGCGCUAAAAGAAAAUGGUCAGAUUUCAUCUGUGCUAGAGAAAGCCAAGGUACCUUUGAUUGACAGGUCUGUGUGUGCCAAAGCAUCUGUCUAUGGCUCUGCUAUUACUCCCAGAAUGCUGUGUGCUGGCUAUCUCUCAGGUGGAGUAGAUUCUUGCCAGGGGGAUAGUGGGGGUCCACUGGUGUACCAGUCAUCUCGUUGGCAGCUGGUAGGAGUGGUGAGCUGGGGAGCAGGCUGUGCCCACAAAGAAAAACCUGGCGUUUACACUGACGUCAGACAACUACUCGACUGGAUUUAUGCAGUGUUGGAGAAAUACCCCUGAGACUGUGUACAGUGAUCUGGAGGAAGUUGCAUCUAUCAACACACAUCAAACAUUAUAUCAAUAUGAAACAAGCAUUAUAUCAAGAAUGUUUACUGAUACAGUUGAAAGACCUUUAAGACUAUGUCAACUAAAAAUAUUAGGCUUGUAAACAGUGAAACUCUAAGUAGUGUAAAUGUAGCAAAAAAAAUGAUUUGCAUCACGUUAAAAUGCCUGAAAUGUGGGCAGUGGUAUUUAAUUGUUUAAGUGUUGCUGGGUGCAGGGUGGUAAUGUUUUGGGUAAGUUUUUAAAGUUUUAGAUAAUAGUUGUGACAUUUCGUAUGGGGGACAUGUUAAAGCACUGUGGAUUUUCAUCACCUUAUAAAUUAAAAUCAAAUGAAUAAAUGUUUUAAAAUAUGAAAAAAA